UUGGACAGAAUAGUAAUCCCGCGGGGCCUCGCGCUCUUACUAACGCUCUUGUAGGACGGAGCGCGCGCCACACUGUGCCCAGGGCGAGGGCAGAACGCAGCGCGCGCAGCAGCGAGGACACGCGCACAAGUUCGCACGAGGUGUCUAAAGUGCGCGUAUCAUAACCGAGUGCGUCUUUACCACAUCACAUGCUUGUGUAAGGUGACCAGAUCAGGCGCGCGAGGGAAGAAGCGGGUUGGAGCAAGGUUGACUCAGAUUACAACUUUCACAGUUUCUGGGCACGGCCGUGAGGACUUGCAGGAAGCAAGAAGACAGCGCGAGAAAGCGCAGAGAGAAAUCGAGACUAGGAACGCGGCGGAUAAGGUUUCACUUCCCGAUUUUAAUCUUUUUUUUUUAUUUUAUUUUUAUUUUUGUAAUUCGUUUCCGUUUUUUUCAUAAUGAAUGCUCGAGAGGAGAAUCUGCUGAAAUCAAUCAGCAAUGACACGCUUCUGGACCUGACGCAGCGUUACGGCCAAGCGGCGCUGGGCUUCGGCGCGGGUCACGGUGCAUCGAGUCCUGCCCGUUUCCCGCUCGCCUCCUCCGCUGCUGCAGACUUCCUCACGGCGCAGACGGCCAAAUCCGGGGAGAGCGGCGGCGAGCACACGAGCGACGACGACGACAGCUUCGAUGUGGACGCUCGGAAACAGAGCUCGGCCUUUGGAGAGGACCCCAAGCACCCGGCCGCCAAGAAACCCAAGGAGCAGCGCUCUCUGCGCCUGAGUAUCAACGCGCGCGAGCGCCGGCGCAUGCACGACCUGAAUGAUGCUCUCGACGGCCUGCGCGCCGUCAUCCCGUACGCACACAGCCCGUCCGUGCGCAAACUGUCCAAAAUCGCCACGCUGCUCCUCGCCAAGAACUACAUCCUCAUGCAAGCGCAGGCUCUGGAGGAGAUGCGCCGGCUCGUGGCGUACCUUAACCAAGGCCAAACGCUCACGUCGGCCGUACCGAGCGCACUGGCCCCGUUCGGACAGACCCCCGCCACCGUGUACCCGUUCUCAGGCACUGCGCUAGCUGCCUGCGUGGAGAAGUGCUCGUACUCGGCGGCGCCUUCGAGUCUCUUCAAGCACUGCAGCGAUAAGCCUUGAUUUACGCACAUACACACGCACACACGCACACACCUGCGC